AUGUGGUGGGCUUUUUCAGAGGUACUGAUCGACGAGUUUGUAAAGGAAGGCGACAUCGAAGAAGACAUGCGGGAUGAGCUUCGAGAAAUCCUCAUGCGGAAACAUGUUCAUCAAUACGAACAAGCAAAGAAGAAUGGCCCCAACGGUGAUAAAAGCGGUUUUCUCAAUACCGUCCGUUCGAUAUCUGACAUAGGAAAGUCGUUUUCUCAUGGGCGAAACUUAGGGAAGCUGGAAAAGGAACAGUUUGGGCCACAGCUGGAGCUGCCAAAGGUGGAAUCAUUGCCACGAGACAUGAACAAAGACGGUUCAUCAGGAGAUAUCAGCAAAGGCAACACACAUUUCCUCAAGAAACUUCCGCCUGGCGUCGAAGCAAGCAACGUCCUGAUUGGAGAGGUGGAUUUCCUGCAACGCCAUAUCUGUGCUUUUGUUCGCCUGAAGACGGCUCACGUUCUCGGUGACCUUACUGAGGUGCCCGUUCCCACUCGAUUUAUAUUCCUGAUGCUGGGCCCUACAGGACACGGAUCUCAAUACAAAGAGAUCGGCCGCGCAAUAGCCACUUUGAUGGCCGACGAGAUUUUCCACGAUGUCGCCUAUAAGGCACGCAACAAGGAGGAUUUACUUGAUGGCGUGGACGAGUUCUUGGACCAGGUGACGGUACUGCCCCCUGGAGAAUGGGAUCCAACCAUACGUAUAGAGCCGCCAAAUCAAAUUCCUUCUCAAGAAAAAAGGAAGCAGAUUGGUCAAGAGAUGCUUCUGGAAGGUGUCGAAAUGUCUGCCAAAGGUCCAGGCAAAGGAAAGGAAGAACUGGAAGAGGAAGGUGGGUUUGCUCAUCUAGGUCAUGGCAGCGAUCCAGCUCUAAAGCGUACUGGUCGUUUAUUUGGUGGCUUGAUAUUGGACGUCAAACGCAAGGCACCACAUUUUGUCAGUGACUUCACCGAUGCAUUGAACUUGCAAUGUUUGGCAACAGCAUGCUUCAUGUAUUUUGCCCUUCUGGCCCCAAUCGUCACAUUUGGUGGACUGCUGGAGGAGGCCACUCAUCAGCGGAUGGCGGCUAUGGAGAAUAUCCUUGGAGGUGCCAUAUGUGGUGUGUUGUAUCACUUAUUCUCCGGACAGCCGUUGACAAUUAUUGGUUCCACUGGUCCGGUGCUGGUGUUCGAGACGAUCGUCUAUGAUUUCUGCCUUAGACUCGGCAUCAAGUAUCUCAGUUUCCGUUUCUGGGUGCACGUGUGGACGGCGGCUAUCGUAUUCAUAAUGUGCAUUACUGAUGCAAGUGCUCUCGUAUCGUACAUCACUCGUUUCACAGAGGAGUCGUUCGCAACGUUGAUAGCCGUGAUUUUCAUCUACGAAGCCAUUAUGAAGUUGUGGAAGAUUAAAUGUGAGAUUUUAAGUAGAUAA